ACAUUCGUUGUUAUAAACACAAUUACACUGAACGAAUUUGAGAUGGUUGUUUAAUAUAUUAUCUUUGGCAGCACCGGACACACGGCAGUGUCAAUGUUGGGUUUGAGAAGUUUGAACGCCUGUCGUGGUCACAGAUCAUCACAAACACUACGAGCUUCAUUCCACAGGGCCUCCUCUUUGGCCUUGACAUCUUCACAGAUCACAGUUACAGACGAGCCUGACACACUGUUCCAGAAGGUUUCAGUGCUGGUCAAGGGCCAUGACAGAUCCGUCCUGGACAGCUAUGAAUUCUUUGCCACCAUGGCAGCUAAGGAGCUGGGCAUUACUCUAGGAAAUGUCUUUGAACCUCCAAAGGACGUUUUGAGGCUUACUCUCCUGAAAUCCAUUCACAUCUUUAAAAAACACAGGGUGCAGUAUGAGAUGAGGACACACUACCGCUGCCUUGAGCUGUUCCGUUUAACAGGCUCUACAGCACAGGUGUAUCUGGAAUACAUUCAGAGGAAUCUUCCAGAAGGGGUCGCCAUGGAGGUUUCCAAGAUUGCAGUGGCGAAGGUCCCGGAGCAUAUUCUACAACCCAUGUGGGAGGAGCCAACCGCUGACAACGCGCCCAGUCCAACCGCUGACCUGAAAGGCUAAACUGACCAAUGGACACAGAAAAUGUACAUUAUACAAAGGAGUUGAUCAUAAUUGAUUUGAGAUAGUCCUCUACAACAGAAAAAAACUUUUUGAUGUUAUCAAAAAAUAAAUUUAUUGUAUUGUUUCAGCCUGUUUCUACUGUGCCUCUUAUUUGUUUUAGUUUCUGUGGGAGUCUAAUGUAUGGCUAAUAAAUAUUGAUCAUAUUCUGUAAUCAGAUAUUGUCUGUUAAU